CCUGCAUAUGUGGCUCUGUAUGUGUCUGCCGUGGCUGCUGUGGUCGUGACCGUGUGUGGCAACCUGCUUGUCAUCCUGUCAGUGUGCCACUUCAAGCAGCUGCACACACCGACUAACGUCCUUCUCGUCUUCCUGGCCAUCACUGAUUUCUUCGUAGGGGUGUUUGUGAUGCCGAUUAAUUUCAUCUGGUUGAUUGAGGGCUGCUGGUUUUUCGGAACCACCGUGUGUGCUUUUUUCAACUAUGUGUCGUUUCAUUUGACGACCACGUCGGUGCACAUUGUGGCGCUCAUCGCCGUGGACCGGUGCAUGGCACUGAGCGACCCUUUCUUCUACUCCAAGAAAAUCACUGUGAACCUCAUCUUUGUUAUUGCGUCAGUCGAGUGGCUGUUUUUCAUGGGCUAUAACGUUGUCCUCCUGUACUGCAACGGUUUCUUCACACACGCGUUGACACUGUGCCCUUACACCUGUCUCAUUGCCCUGGAUGAAAUAUGGUCUUGGGUUGAUUUCGUUCUGCCAUUUGCUGUGCCAUGUUCCGUCAUGUUUGUGCUGUACCUGAUCAUCUUUGGCAUUGCUAGAAAACACGCUACUGCCAUCAGGGCAGCUGCUAACACACAGGGCAAUCCAAACAACAGACAGACUCACAACAACGUCCCCAAACGCUCCGAGAGAAAAGCUGCCAAGGUGCUUGGAAUACUCGUGUCGGUGUUCUUGUUGUGUGUUGUUCCAUACUACAUAGCCAGCGUUAUUCCAGGGAGCAUUAGCCCUAAAAUAUUUGAGGAAGUGCUGAACAUCACGUCUGCACUGCUGUACCUGAAUUCUUUGUUCAAUCCAAUAAUUUACGCCUUGUUCUAUCCGUGGUUUCAAAAGUGCAUUAAGAUCAUUUUCACCUGUCAAAUAUGGAAGCCUGCCUCCUCUGUUAUGCGAGUGAUGUGA